AUGGGGUACUGGUUCCCCCUGUGCCUUCAGGUCCAGGCAACCCGAGGCCGGUGGGAGGUUCAGCCUUGGGCCACCACCUGGAUCACCCUGAAGAGAAAACCUAACUGCACACGCCUCAGAGACAUCAGCCAGAGAGGAGAGAGAAAGCAAGCGAACCCCAGCUCCCCUUGCUCGGCCUUGGCUCACGGCGGCAGCAAAUGGCAGGCAGCCUUGCCCCGCGCAGCGAAGCACCCAUCGGCGGCACCGGGCAGCAGUUUCAGCACCGUGGACCUCGGGGUGCGCGGCGCCCCAGCCCGAACAGGCGCGCCGCUCCGGGGGACGUUCGCUCCCACGGGCGCCGAGCGAGGGCUGGGUACGGGCCGGGGGUCCCAAGGACUCCGGGAGGCGCCCCCGCAUCCCUCCCGCCUCCUCCAUUUACCUCCUCGGCCAAGGUCACGGCCCCUCGGCGGCUCCCUUCCCGGGCGGGCUGAGGGCAGGCGCUGUCAGCUGGCGGCGAGCGGAGCAACCAGGCAGGGCAGCUUCAUCACACUCGGCGGGUGCGGAUGCCGCGCCGCCCCUGCGCCCGCUGUUCAGGCGACCGCCACCCUCGCCGCCGCCCGUGCACAGGCGGCUCCGGCAGCCACCGCUCGCGCCCGCUCCCCGGGGCUGCCUGGCUGGCUCCCUCCUCCUCCGCUUCUCCUGGGGGCACUGGGACCAGCCGAGCGCGCGCGGGAGUCCAGACGCCCGCCCGGCCUGUGCGCGCGACUGGGAGGAGGGAGGAGGCGACAGUCACGUGGGGCAGGGACGUCCGAAGGUGCCGUGCCGGCUCGGAUGGGCUCCGCUAGGCGGCUGCCACACCCCUGGGUGUCCCGGUCUCCCGACCCUGCAGCCCCUGGGGAGUACAGGCCCUGUCCCCCAGAGUGGGCCAGGCACAAUCCCGCGCCCCGCGCCGGCGCCGCAGGCCUGGAGAUGCACACUGAGCGCCCGUGUCCCAAGGUCAGUAUUUAGUGAGGCUGUGCCCAUCACCAAAAGUAACGACGGGACACUACUCAGGACAACCUGAUUUAACAAGAAAUGGUCCAUACCACAACACCAGUACACCUGAUCCUUUUGAGGAAAUCAGAAGUACAGAAGUGCAUUGCAGGAUAUCUACCAAACAUGCUCAUCCUUACAGCAUUGUUUCCAAAUGUCAUCUGAGUGGCAGAAGAACAGAACUGGACUAACAUCCUACGAGAUAACAGCCAA